AAACAUCGGACACGACAUUGAUGCCAUGCCGGUGAAAACGGGUUUUCGGAGUACUGGACGCGUCCAUUUUGGUUCUAGUGUGUAAUUUUAUAGGAUUAACAGAUAGCGUAACCUGCAUAACUUAUGGAUUCCAGUUUAUUUGUUGGCUUUCUGAAAUGUUGACGAGUUUUUAUCGUCAAACGAAAUAACUUCAGUGAUAACGUGCUUACCACAGUCUCGUUGCGCGUUGGUAAAAUAUCGUGAAUAACAAAUCCUUUGGUGUGACCUAAUCGUCCGCGUUCAUUCAUUGCGAAAACGUUAAUCGUUGUAAGGUGAAUUUUGCCGCGUUCUUUGCCGACCGUAAACAGUAUUGAUAAUAAAAAAGUACUGAAUAAAAUCGAAAUACAGAUUAAGGUAAGGGCUCAUGUAUAAAUACAAUGUGGGAUCGUGACGAAUAAAAAAAUGAUCGUUGAAUUUUUUCAAUCAAUCGACUUAAAGUAACAGCGUCCGAGAACGCUAAUACUUUUCAAAAAUUGUGCCAUAAUCGCGAACGAUCGCGGACACCUUUCAUUUACAUCGCAACAUGACAGACUCCAAUUACUGUUGUCUGUGCGCAAGCGACGAGGGAAUAUUCCUGGACAUAUUUAAGGCCACCCAUCGACAGCUAGGGAACAGAUCCCUCCUCAAGGAACUUGAAACGUGCUUGUCCGUCAAGGUUGACAGAAAGGGGACGCUAUCGUCGAAAAUUUGUCACAAGUGUGCAAUUGAAUUGGGCGAAUGUCACCAGUUUGUUGAAACUUAUAACGAAGCAUCUAAAGCUGCUAAGGUUAAGAAGACUGUGGCAAAGAAAUCCUGCUGCCUGUGUUUCACUGGUGUCAAAAACAAGUAUUUGUUCCAACUUGCCAAAGAUUUCCAGUCCAAAAUCGACCCUAUUCAGAAGAUAUAUGAAUGCUUUCAUAAAUCGAUAACUCGGGAAGAGUCUGAAGGUCUAUUGAUAUGCCUCUUCUGCCGCUACAACUUGGACAUCUUAUACGACUUGAAGAAAUUGGCUCGAGAAGUGAGGUCUAAAUUAGAGAAAAUAACUGAGUGUAAAGCUGUUGUAGCUAGUUUACCAAAGACAGAGACGUUUGUGGUGAGUCGUAAGACAACCAUCCAUUCUGCGGCUAAACUUCACUAUACUUCUGACUCGGAUAGUGAGUACAACAAAAUGGCUCCCAAACAGUUGCGCGCAAAAAGGCUUAAGAACUCCAAGCACCCUCAGCAAUUAAAGUUCCGUACCUGCGGUCAAUGUCAAACCUUAAUAGAAGAUGGUAUCGAUAUGUACAGAUUACACAGAACGGGCCUCACAGUGUGUAAAGCGUGCUGGAUAACAAUGGAUCCAAUAAGUACGACGACAGGUAAUAAACGUAAGCCAAACACUCAGACUGAAUCUAAAAACACUAGACUUUGUGCAGUGUUUGUCAAGGAUGUGCUGAGUGCAGCCUCGUCGAAAGAUAAUGGAUCAUAUAAUGUUGAAAAAGAUGAAAAAGGAGGCGCAAUUUAUGUUAUAUCUGAUGAUAGUGGCAACGAGAUACCAGAUACUAAAGCUGCCAGAAAAACCCGGCAAAAACGAGGUAUUGAUGAUAUUAAGUCGGAAGCAGAACCGUUAACAACUUCGUGGUCACGAACGAAGCGAAACGCUAAGCAGGAGGAAGCUGACAGCGACAGUAGAUCAAAUAAGAGAUUAAAAUCCGUACAAAAUACAAUGGUGACCAUUCCGUUGGAGAAGGAGAAGUUAAGGAGAAGUACCCGUCUCCAAAGUUCUGAUUCUGAGGGUAUCACUCUACAGGACAACUGCAACGAUAUCUUUGAAGCAAAAAAAAUUAAAACCGAAGAAAAAUUGAAUAAUCUUCAUGUUAAGAAUAAGUCCAGUAAGGUUAAAUCGCCUGGCAAUAGUAAGAAACUGAAGACUCGUCAUGCGGAGUCUAAAAGUGAGGACCCACCUUCUGAGGCUGAAACAGAAGCUGGGAAAGAACUGAGAAAGGUACGCAACAAAGUUCCGUUGAUUUCAGAGUCCGCAUUACCAGCCAGUCCAAAAAUCAGAAACCUUCCCAUACGCGCCAAACAAAGAUCAGCUAGCCCUGGAUCGAGACAAGAUGUAAAAAACAUUGAAUGCAGUAAAUCGAGUGACGAAUCAAUCGCCAAUCGACGUUUGCCUUUGAAAGUCAAAGCUUCUCCUAAACAACCUAAAAAAUUGAUGAUGGUUAGCUUUCCCUUCAAACUCAAAAAUCCAUAUGUAUGCAAAGUUUGCAAAACAGAAUAUAAAAAUAAAGUGAUUGGAAUGAAGCACGAAUUGACACAUUUCAAGCAGGUAGAAAUUAAAGUAGAGAAGCUGAAUAUCGAUAAUCAUUUUCAGACGCUCAAUGAAAAUUCGGAGAUGAAAGAAAUCGCCCAAGAGUCCUCUGACGUUACCUGUUUGCUAGAUCUGCCUGAGGUGAAUGAAAAACUUCUCGAUCCGGAAAUACCUACUUCAGCUGGUGAUGCGGAACAGACUAAAGAAGCUGAGUGUAACACAGAUAAUACAGAAAUUGUUCGUCGUGAUUUACCGUCACAGUUGUUACUAGGCAACAACAAAUCUGAGGAAUUUGAGAGCACUAGAGAGAUUGAUAGUGUUAACACGUUGAAUAGGCCACUCUCAGAAGAGUCGACUUCAGUUAUUAUUAAUUCACUAAAUGUUACCACAGAGGUUAUUGCGCAAGAUUCAGAUCUGGGUAGUGACAAUCGGUCCGAAAAUAAUCAAAUGCCAGAAACCAAGGCAGAUGAAAUUCAUUCCGGACCAAAUUUGCUCACGGAAUCAAAUUGUGACGAUGAUAACGAUUCUACGGAAGAAAUAUCAAAUAAAAAAUUGGAUGAAAGUUUGUCUGCAGAAUUACCGAAGGAACUUGAGCAAACUAUCACAAAUACCGAAGAAACAAACCUUGUAGAGCAUACGAAUGAUGAGGAUGUCAUAGUGACUGCUGCACCAUCGAAUGAGAGCUGUGAAGUCGUAGAAAAAGUUCCAGGGUUAGGUAACAAUGAAGAAACCGAUGUGCGUAGUCUUAUCGCAGACACGGAAAACUUGUUGGAAGACUUCAAUGAGCACACAAAGAAGCUAGAAGAUGAAACCAAGAACAAAAACGAUGUUUUGGCCAUAAAUGAUGCGAAUCAUGUUGAUGGGGAGCUAAUAGAAAUGAACGACAGUAAAGAAAUUAUUGAUGACCAACUAGAUGUAGUGACCACCACAAAAAUUGGUACUGUAGAUAAGGACCUUGACACGAAAAACGAAUCAAUAAACCCAAGCUUGGAAGGUAAUGAACAAAGCAUGACAGACAACGUCCCUCAAGAAUCGAUGAGCGAGUCUCCUCAAGAUAUUGAAGAACCCAACAACGGAAGCAAUAACCAUGCGUUAUCUACAGUUACUGAAAUCCUGCAGGAAGUUAUCGAUCUUGCAACUGCAGAGGUACAAAAGCGAGGUGAAAAAGACCUAAUAUCGGAACCUGAAACAUUGGAAAGCAUUUCGAAAGAGAUAGAGAAGAGCACAGAUGAAAUAUCAACAAGCUGUUUGGUCGAGGCACAAGAAAAGUUAGUCUCUGAGUGACUUGGAAAUGAUAUACUUCCAUUGGAUAUAUAUAUUUAACUGUGAAUCCAAUAACGAAUUAUAUCUGCUGUCACUACGAGUGUUUGAACUAUCGCAGUUUAAGUUCUUAGUGUACAGGUAUAUUUCUAUUAAAAUUCGACGACAUUAUUCGAAAUUACUCGACCACGAUAAUGCGUCAUCUCUCUUAAUAGAUUUCAGUCAUUGCUGCAGUUACGGGUAAAAUUGUGAAAUAAAUUGAGUAAAUAGUAAUUGUACGAUAAAUGAUUGAGUAGGAUUGGAAGAAUUUUGCGGUAGAAGAAUAUGCAAGAUCUACAAUGAAGAUUUAUUUUUAUCAACGUUGAAUGAGAAUUAGUGACUUUCAAAUUGAAUAUCGGUAGUAGCAAUCGUAAUGCUGACAUAAAACUGCGUUGUCUAAAUGGGCAGUGUUGCAUAAACAUUGGUAAUUCACGUGGUCCAGAAACCUUUAUGAAGUACCGUCAAGUAUUGGCUACUGUACUUUGUUGAAAAAAAAUUAGAAAUACACAAGAUUAAAAAAUUGAUGUGUGAUGAAUAAAAGGAAACAUGUAAACAAUUCCUGAUUUCCUUGCGAAAUUAUACAGUUCUUUGUAUUACGUAUGUUUCAGAUUGUUUCCCACCACGCGGUAGCACGGAUAAUAAUAUCGCUAUUGCGAAGGAAAACGAUAUUUUCAAGUUUUAAACAACGUCAUAUCCCGCCAUGGCUGUAAUAGGAAAAUCAACCAAUGCAAACAUGUAUUACUUUUAUUCACGUCAAUAUUUAUUCAGUACGGUGAAAUUUCACGAUUUUAAAUUAAUUUUCCGUCGUGGUAGGUGGAAAACGGAAUUUUACGCCCGCACACGGAUCAUAAAAUCCCGUUUUACGCCUACGUAAGAUGAAAAAUGUUCGCAUCACGGGCGUAACACUUUACACCCUUGAUACGAAAAUAGCAGUUAUAUACCGAUAUACAUGACAUAGCCAAGGCUGCAGCUAAUUGUAAGCGAUAUUCCGCCGUUCAGAAGCGUUUCUUACUUCAAUUAAGUUACCGAUAAAGCGGUAGAUAGUCGUUGACUUGUUUUUGCAUAUACGUUUGUAUUUUAUAUUUGCUUCAGUUUUUUCCCUGGUCCAAUUUCAAAUGAUACUCAUCUAUGUUAAAAAUUACAACUAUUCGUCUAGUUACAUUUUAAAGGUGUGCACAUGUUUUGUACAUAUAUUAUAUGUAUAUUGUGCGUACACAAAAUGCGUAUGCGUAUGAAUACACAGAUUAUACCUACGUAUAUCAUAAGGAUUAAUGUAUCAACAGCUCUAUCUCAUGGUUAUAUAGAGAAG